AUGACACAAUACUUCUUCGCAUCGUUCAUGCCCAGGGGUUUGUAUUUCAUGGUGUUUGCUUUCAUCUACCUACUUAACUGUGAGGCCACGAAAUCAAGAAAAAUCUAUAUAAAGGUGUGCCUAUUUGCAGUUGCUGAGAUAAUUGCGAUGUUAGCCGUUAUUUUGAUUACAUGUAUGGCAAUAGUGGCGGAGAGCGUUAAGCUCAUGCCAUUUUCCUUAGUGCUCUUUGGUUUCAUAAACUCUAUAGUUUGGAUGGCUUACUCUUUGAUCUACAAAAUCAAUAUUUACCUCUUUAUAUGCAGUGCGAUUGGCGCUUUCUUGAGUGCUUCUGAGAUAGUCAUUUAUGCUCUGUACAGACACAAGGUUAAAACAUGCAAGGUGAAGUCAGCUUGA